AUGAUGCAGCCUAGCAAAGGGCCUGAAUCUCCCGACCUGGGGAGGACGGUCUCGCGCUCGCGCUCGCGUAGCAACAGCAUCUCCAGCGAUUCCCAGCUCCCUCGACUUCAUCUCCUUGUUCCACCUCCAGUCAAUCCAGCUCCAUGUUUCAUCGCAUCGUCCGCAGCAGCUCAGAUCGUCACCGCCGACCAGGAGUUCAAUGCUGCAGAUUUCGUGGCCGAUGAUAAUGACGACAACUCCCGUGCCAGUGCCUUCGUCACUUCCGAAGCUCUGUCCGCCCUGAAUGGUUUCCUUGAUCAUCUCCUUUUCAAUAUCCUGGCCGUCUCCAAGUCGACCCAAUUGGCAUACAUUCGACCCGCUGUGGCGGAAGUACUCAAGCCCCGACUCGCGAAAGAAGUGGUUACAGCGGCCGACGAGGAACUGAGCGAGUACAUAGGAGGCCCGGAAGACGAACAGUUUGGUGGUCAACCCACCGGCGGCGAGUUUGACCUCAUCCGGUCAUGGAAACUGACCCGCUUGCGAUGUAUGGUGUAUACAAGAUUAGGGGACAUGGAAGAGGAGGAUGAGGAGGAAUAUAUCGCACAGGACGGGCUCAGUGAGGAUGAGAAUAUGCCCCGGAGAUUUUCUAGCCACGUCGGCUAUAUCACCCCCGCCGCGGCUAUCUUCCUCGCGUCCAUCAUUGAAUAUAUCGGCGAACAGGCUUUGGUGAUCGCGGGGGAGACGGCUCGAUCUCGCCUGUCGAGCAAACUAGAUGACGACGGAGAGAGAGGAUCUGGCGCGGAGCGAGGAACCAUGGACCGGCUGGUUGUGGGAGAUCUUGAUGUGGAGAGGUUGGCCUUAAACCCGACCCUGGGAAGACUCUGGCGCACCUGGAGGAAGCGUACGCGAAAUCCCAACUUAGCUCGAGCGACUUCCCGGGAAUCCAUUCGACGCCGCGGAACGGUUGGACAUUUGGCAACGAGAAGGAGCAGCAGUGUUGCUACCGACGAACGUUCGUCCCGUUCACUACCGCCUCCAAUUCUCCAGAUUCCCACCGAAGUCGACCCGGCUUCUAUCGCGCUUCCGAUGAGCGAGUACGACGUCCAGGAAAUCGAGCAACCCGACUUUACGUCCGAUGUGGAAGGUGAUGUUGGCCAGACUAUGCAGGCUGUACUGGCCCACAAAGUGCGGCCCAAGAGUCUAAUGGUGCUCUCUUUGCCCUCCCCCCGAUCCUCGACGUCCAGCAGUAGCUCUCCGGUUUCACCAAGGCCACAGAGUCUAAAAUCUCCUCGUCAUGUCCGGUCGCGUUCGCUACCUGAUGCCUCCCACCCUCAAGAGGCCACGACCACCAAGGUUAACCAGGUCGCAGAUAGACCGUCUCCGACAUUGUCCGAGGAGAGGCACCAACUGGAGACUAUGUAUGAGCAUGAUGAAGAUGGUGAGCCUGUUGCCGAAAAGAAGUCAUCUAUUGUUGAAUCCUUGGUGCAGCCUCGCCCCGAAGACCAAUCGCCAACGAAGAGGAGUGAGACGGACAGUUUGCCCGAAGAACCGACAGGGCAGGAUACAGCUGCAACCUCGUCCCUCUCAGCUGCGUCAGUUGAAAUUGUUAUCAGUCAGACCAAUAGCACCCGAGCCUCUUCUUUAAGUGAUCGGAUCCCGCCUGACUCAGAGUCUGAGGUCAUUGAAGGACAAGGGGUGUGUGAAAAACCGAAAUUGGCCUCUGUGCAGCGGCGGAAGCGAAAAUCAUGCGGGGAGCCCACCGAUGGUUCUAACGUUGCUGACGGGCGCAGCAACGAUCAAGUAGUGCCGACAGAAGCUCCACCACAGACGCAAGGAGACUCCGCCACGGCGCAGUCAACCGUCAGCCCUGAUGCGCCGAAGAAAUCUGACACAGCUCAAUCCUCCGCGGAAUCAUUUACCCCUCAAACUCGCACUUCGACCGACAACGCGAGUCUGGAGAAAACCCCCCGACCGGCUUCGUCUUCUGCUGAGAGCGCAAAUUCCGAGCGUUCGCGGGCCCGGCACAAACCCAGCCCGCUGUCCCUGGGAGGUGGAAGCCAUCAUCGCUACGGGUGCUCGAGCCCACCAGUAUCGUCCAGCAGCUCAGCAACUGAGCGGGCCGCAGUUCAGCGACUAUCAGGGCGACCGUCAACCUCCGCAGCCUCGUCGAGCUAUCCCAAGCCUCGCCGCUCAGACAGCGUCAGCAGCAGCCGCGAUAGGCGGCCGGUUACCGCUGGCUCUACGACAUCCCAGGUUUCAACCAAAUUGAAAGGCCUAAUCGUUCGACAAGGAGAGUCUGGCUCUGGUUCUGUUCGCGUGCGUAGUUCCUCGGAAACUAGCCGAGAGUCGGGCGUUACAGGAGACACGUUCUUUGGCGAGAAAACGGGCCUGGAUGAAUUGAUUCGCAGCGAGGAAACCCUCCACUACACCUUGACACCAAGAAGCAUGCGGGAAAUUGAGGAACCUGAUUCUCCUCGGUGGCGAACUAAAAGGUCUAGCACCGCGGAGCUGGCCGACUUUUUGAGGAAUACUGCUCCCCCGGGCGAUGAACUUGCGCGGACGCGAGUGGCCAACACAUCGGCCCUCCCAAGGUCCAAAUCUUCUGAGCUGCCAAAGCACAAACCGAUUCAAACGCUGAAUAUGAAUCUUCCGCAAAAACCAAGUGUGAAACCGUCCCGCGAUGCGAAGCCAAGUACUGGGUCGACUGGCGAUUUCGCCAACCUGAUAAAAUCCGGUGGACCAUCAAGUCCCGUCAACAUGAAAUCUCGGAUCCACCGGCUGUCUGAUGCCACCGAGAUCUCCAAGAAGUUCCCAUGGCCCCAGAGUUCUCUUUCGAAUAACACACAGAGCAACACUUCUCCUACAACUGCUUCUCGACUACAGGCCCGGCCUGCCGUAGCUCCUAAGGGAGACCAAAGCUCGGAUUUGAUCGAUUUCAUCCGCGAGGGCCCGCCCAGUGCUGGAGGUCGUCGCAUCCCACGUGCUGUGGCACCUUUCCGGGAUACAAUAGACGAAGACGAUUUGCAAUUUCUGGAGCUUGGCAACUCCGAGUACAAAACGCCCUCAAUUAGUAGCACUCAAGAUGAGUCCAUAGCAAGGAAGUCUAUAACUUCGGUGGGCUCUCGCACGGGGCUUUUGGAAUCGACAGGUCGGCCAACCACCCAAUCGAGUGCUAUGAAGCAAGCUCCCAAGUCGGCUCCGGAUGUUGCAGGCCCUUCAGAUAACGUUCGUCCUAUGAGGAAACAGCGUCGGGUACCCGACCCUUAUGCGAUCGAUUCUGAUGACGAUGAUGAUCUCGAGUUCUUGGAAGGUCCCAAGCCGAAGCGCGAGGAAGAAUCUUUGAUAGACUUCUUGCGCAAUGUCCCUCCUCCCUCAGAGACAGAGACUACCCCACAGUCUUUUACAACACAUAUGGCCUCUGUGCAAAGUCCUGGCCUCGGAGGCAUGUCCUCUAUGAAAGCACGACUUCGUGAGAAAAUACCCUCUGCUAAACCUUCGGGAUCUUCGCUGCGCCAACAGCCUGAAGCUAGUCAUGCUGUGGGCUCAUCAAACUACUCGGCCAGAGUUGGUAUGGAGCGAAACGGUUCAUAUCAUAGCUAUAGCCUGCCCUCCUUUUCGGAACGGCAAACAGAAACCAGUGCAUUGGCCGACUUCCUUAGAAGUACUGGUCCUAUCGAGUCCCCUGCAGCUCACAGCCCGUCCUCCCCUCAGGAGAAUAGGGGAAAAGAUUCGACCUCGAAUAGCUUCUCCCGCCUUUUCGUGCGCCGGAAGAAGGUUGAAGUUUAA